GGGUUGGGUUUUCAGGGGUGGUGUGAAACUGUAAAUGAAAUUCCAACUGCAGGAGUUUGUAUCUUUUGGGUGUGAGAGAGAGUAGACUGUGAGAGAUCUGCUCUAUCUGUAUCUCUCUCAAAUCUCUUUGUUCUUUUCCUUUGUUGCUUUGUCAACCACUGUAGGGAGAAAGGUGGUGGUGGAGUUGCUUUUAUCUUUAUCUUUACUCUACCUUGAAAAAACAAAAGGAGAGAGAAAGAGAGGAAGAUAUAUUAAUUAAAAAAGAAAGAAAGAAAGAAAACCAGGGGAAGAUUCCUUCUGCAGAGGGGUUUCCUGGUUUUUUGCUCUCUUUUGGUCACUUGGGUCUCUCUCUCUAUAACUCUCUUUGACUGUGUUUUGGAGUGUUGAAGUGCUGCUUUUGGGGGUGUUUCAUUUCCAUACAGAUACAUGAAUGCUCCUCUGUAUUGUGGGUUCUGGGCCAUCUGAGUUCUCUUUAUUUUUCUCUUUGUAGUUUCAUUAGUUACAGGGUCUUCUGGGGCUCUCUGUUUCCAGUUGGGUUUUUUAUUCUGUGGGGUGUGUGUAGAGAGAGUUGGGUGUUUGCUUUUAUAGAGGAGGAGGAGGAGGAGGAGGAGGAGGAGAGAAAUGGCAGGAGGAGGUGGAGGAGGAGGACAAGCGCCUGCGCCGAAGGCAGAUGAGUUGCAGCCGCAUCCGGUGAAAGAUCAGCUGCCCAACGUUUCUUACUGCAUCACUAGUCCUCCUCCAUGGCCCGAGGCCAUUCUCCUUGGUUUCCAACAUUUCCUGGUUAUGCUAGGCACAACGGUUAUCAUUCCUACUGCCCUUGUUCCUCAGAUGGGAGGAGGAAAUGGUGAGAAGGUGAGGGUGAUCCAGACUCUACUGUUUGUGGCUGGUUUGAACACGCUGUUCCAGUCAUUAUUCGGGACUCGCUUACCUGCCGUGAUUGGUGGGUCAUAUACAUUUGUUGCGCCCACCAUCUCCAUAAUCCUGGCCGGUCGAUACAGCAAUGAAUCGAACCCUGUAGAGAAAUUCAAGCGAAUCAUGCGUGGAAUCCAGGGAGCACUAAUUGUUGCUUCAACACUUCAGAUAAUCCUCGGCUUCAGUGGCCUUUGGCGCAAUGUCGCAAGGUUCUUAAGUCCACUAUCUGCCGUCCCUUUGAUUUCUCUUGCUGGGUUUGGGCUCUAUGAGCUUGGUUUCCCUGGGGUUGCGAAAUGUAUUGAAAUUGGGCUUCCACAGAUCAUUCUCUUGAUAUUCUUUUCACAGUACAUACCCCAUGUUAUACACUCUAAGAGGCAUGUCCUUGAGAGGUUUACUGUUAUAUUGUCGGUUGCUAUCGUCUGGAUUUAUGCACACCUGCUUACUGUGGGUGGUGCAUAUAAGGGUUCCCCACCAAAGACGCAAGACCAUUGUCGUACUGAUAGAGCUGGACUCGUUAGUGCUGCUCCCUGGAUAAGAAUUCCAUAUCCAUUUCAAUGGGGCACCCCUACAUUCGAUGCAGGAGAAGCUUUUGCGAUGAUGGCUGCUUCAUUUGUAGCUCUUUUAGAGUCCACGGGUACCUUCUUUGCUGUCUCAAGGUUUGCAAGUGCUACACCAUUGCCUCCUUCCAUUCUCAGUCGCGGCGUUGGUUGGCAGGGAAUAGGUAUAUUGUUGGAUGGCUUGUUUGGUACUAUAAAUGGGUCUACAGUAUCUGUUGAAAAUGCUGGUUUGUUAGCAUUGACACGGGUUGGCAGCAGGAAGGUUGUGCAAAUAUCCGCGGGAUUCAUGAUAUUCUUUUCCAUUCUUGGAAAGUUUGGAGCGGUAUUUGCUUCCAUUCCGGCACCAAUUUUUGCAGCCUUGUAUUGCCUCUUCUUUGCUUAUGUGGGUUCGGUAGGUCUUAGUUUCCUUCAAUUUUGCAACUUGAACAGCUUCCGAACAAAGUUUAUCUUAGGAUUCUCCGUCUUCAUGGGCUUAUCAGUACCACAGUACUUCAACGAAUUCACAUCGGUCGCUGGUUAUGGUCCAGUUCACACCAGAGCAAGAUGGUUCAAUGAUAUCAUCAAUGUGCCCUUCUCUUCAGAAGCAUUUGUUGCAGGCAUUAUAGCUUUCUUUCUAGACAAUACCCUGCAUAGGAAGGAUAGCAGUGUGAGGAAGGACAGGGGGCGCCAUUGGUGGGAUAAGUUCCGCUCGUUUAAGACAGACAGCAGAAGUGAUGAAUUCUACUCCCUACCUUUCAAUCUCAACAAAUUCUUUCCAUCAGUGUGAAUGCUCAACCAUGUUACAGUUCAAAAGCGCAUGUGAUAUUAUCCGUCCAGAGCUUUUCAUAUGCACACUAAGACAUUUUCUUCUUUUAGGUCCAAGGACAUGUUGGCAGAAGUAAAUGGGUCUCAUUACACUUAUAUUUUUAUAUAUCUAUUUUUUUUUUUCUGUAUAUUUGAUUAGGUGAAAUGGAUUCAAGAAGCAAAAAAGCAAUUUCUUAGUGCCUAUUCUUGCACUCGUCGUGUUUCUGCCCUUUAUAAUUCAGUAAUGCCUGUUUCGUAGAUCUAUUAUGUGAACCUUUGUUGGCCAUUAGUUUAGCUCAUGCCAAUGCUAAUGCUCUCUGCACUAUCUGCUACUGA